UGGAUGGCGGAGCCUAUUGUAUCGCGCGGCGAGCAGCUGGAGGCGGCGGUGGACCGCCUGCCCGAUUGGUACUUCGCGGCGGCGGCGCAGGUGCUGCAGCAGUCGCCCAUCCAGAGCGACGCGCUGGGGCUGAGCUCGAGCUUCUACGCGGCGCUGGGGCCCGUAUGUGAGACCGAGGACAAGGCGCAGCCCCUGGACGAGGACGACCUGCUCAAGCCGCGGGAGCCCCCGUCCAACGCCACCAUGACCUGCGCGGACGACGAGCUCGAGCUCGAGAAGCAGGCGGCCCGGCAACAGCAGCAGCACCAGCAGCACCAGCAGCAGCACCAGCACCAACAGAUCAGAGAGCAGGAGCUCGGCCAGUCGACCGCGUCCAGUCGCCGGUCCACGGCGUCGUCGUCGGGCGGCUGCACGGACCUCGUGCUCUCGGGCUUCUCCAUGCGCGGGCGCGAGAAGAAGGUCAUGUACCACAUCGACGUGGUGGACCACGACGCGCCCCUGCAGACGUACACCAUCCGGCGCAGCUACUCGGACUUCAAGGACCUGCACAGCCAGCUCACCGAGAUCCUCGAGAACCGGCAGGCCUACUACCGCAGCAAGGCGCUGUCCAGACUGGCCAGGGGCGUGGCCCCCGUGCCCGCCGACGCCAUGACCCAGGAGGACAAGCUCGAGCGCGCCAUCAUGGCGUUCGCGCUGCCCUCGCUACCCCACGCGGGCUUCCUGACGUUCUGGAAACGACACGACCGAUCGCACCUGCAGUCGAGGUGCGACAGCUUCCAGGAGCUGCUGCGUGCCGUGCAGCAAAUGGCCUUCCUCAGAGAGUCGUUCGCCAUGCAGAAGUUCCUGAGUGUCGCACCCUGUGCUAUUCGGGAGCGCGGCUCAUCUUACGUCUCGCUCUGCGAGUACAGCGUGCCGACGCUCAACCCCGAGGAGGAGCAGCGCGAGCGCAAGCGGCGGGCACAACAGUACCGGCGCAACAGCAGCGCAAGCAACCACUCGACGCGGAUGGUGGAGUAUUGAGCGCGUCGAGCAGUGGAUCGAUUUUUUUUUCUUCAAGCACCGUGUAGUAUUGAACGUGAAGCAGUCAGGGAAGCAGUGAGGGACGGAGACAACAGCAACAGUGGGGACGCCAGCGGCCGAGCAAGGGUGUGACAAUAGGUAGUGGUUAAGUGGUCGUGCGUGUGUAAACGAGUAGUCGAGCGCCACGGCGACUAGCGAGCAGUAUGGCGUGCAGCAUGUUGGCUUCCGUCUACUGCAUGAACACGAACUCAACCCGUUAUUUUAUUUG